AUGCCUCAGAGACCAGAAUCGCGGAGUCCAUCGUUACUCUCGCCGGGUGACUACGAUGACGAUGUCUCGUCCCUAAGGUCAGCGUCGGAGCAGGACUCCGACACGGAGGAUGAUGAAUUCUUGCAGGGUUCCCGGACAACGCUCGAACUAGCGGAACAUGAUCGAAAGGUGUUGGAGGAUGAAGAAGAGUUGGAGAAGCUGUUGACAAAGAGAGGGCCGACGCAAGGAUUGCGAAGGAUAUUCAGUCCCGGUGGCAGCAGUGUUAAGAUUGGGAAGAAGGAACGGAGACAGCGGAGGAGGGAGAUGAAAGCUGCGUAUAGAAGGCGCAAUGAGAAACCCGAUGAGGAGGGAGAACUGAUGCAUGAGAUGGAGGAAGGAUAUCGGGAUGAAAGUUCUGGCCUCAAUACACCGUCAUCGGAUGGCGAGGGUGAACUGCUGGACGGGUUCGAGUACAAGCAGUCCAAAGGAGAUUUAAUUCGGAAAUUGCUGCUCGUGUUCUCCGCCAUCGCCGUCCUUUUCCUCAUUCUCCUUUUAGGAGCGUACAAAGCCUCCAGCAACUUCCGCGUUUCCCACCGUCCCAAACCACUAAUUUCUAACGGCACUGCACUUUUUGCUCCAACAACUAUCUUGAUUUCCCUCGAUGGCUUCCGGGCCGAUUUCCUCAAUCGCGGACUGACACCCACGCUCAACAACUUCAUCGCAGAAGGGGUCAGCCCCAAGUACAUGCUUCCGAGUUUCCCCAGCGUCACUUUCCCGAAUCAUUAUACACUAGUAACAGGACUCUACCCUGAAAGUCACGGCGUCGUGGGGAAUUCAUUCUGGGCCCCAGAAUUCCAGGAGGAAUUUCACACAGAAUCCUCCGUCAGUACUCAGUCCAAAUGGUGGAACAACGCUGAGCCCCUGUGGGUUACGGCAGAGAAACAGGGCAUCCAUGCUGCUAUCCAUAUGUGGCCCGGUUCAGAGGCGCAUAUUCAUGAUAUCGAUCCCACUUUUUACGACGUUUAUAAUGGGUCCGAGACUCUGCCGCGGAAAGUCGACCGAGUGCUGGAAUACUUGGAUCUCCCUGGAGAGGAAGUCGAGUCCUACGACGGGGAUAAGCGCCCCCAGUUUAUCGCCGCUUACGUGCCAGAUGUAGAUGCAGAUGGCCAUCGAUAUGGGCCUAAUAGCACGGAAAUACGGGCAACUAUUGCCAAGGCGGAUGACAUGCUUGCUCGUCUCUUUCAAGGAAUUCGAGACCGCAACUUGACCGACAUAGUGAACAUUGUCGUCGUGUCUGACCAUGGCAUGGCCACAACUUCAAAUGAGCGACUUGUGCAACUUGAGGACUUGAUCGAUAUCAGUUUGGUCGAGCAUCUUGAUGGAUGGCCAUCGCGGGGACUGCGCCCCAAACGACCAGAGGACCUGCCUAUCCUUCAGGAGCAGCUGGAGAAGGCAAAGGCCGACUACGCUGACAAAGUUGAAAUCUACAGUCGCGACACCAUGCCCGAGCGCUAUCACUUUUCCAAUAACGAGCGCAUUGCGCCCCUGUGGGUGAUCCCCAAGACGGGUUGGGCUGUCGUUGAGCGGCCUGACUUCGACGCAGAGAAAGCGCUCGAGACAGGGGAGGUCUAUCGCCCCCGGGGUGUCCACGGAUAUGACCAUGAGCAUCCGCUCAUGCGAGCUAUCUUCAUCGCGAGGGGACCUGCAUUCCCUCAUCAGCCCAACAGUCGACUUGAGGUCUUCCAGAACAUAGAAGUGUAUAACAUCAUCUGUAACUCCAUUGGAGUCAAGCCGCUGCCAAACAAUGGCACCUUGCAUCUGCCCUUACAACCGGUGGGAUUACACUCAGAUGAGGGAGUCCCUGCCAUCGAAAGCCCUCCUGAUCCACCAGCCAGCGUCUCUGUGAACCCAACCACAGAACUGGCCCCAGUUCCUAGCGUUACAUCCUCUGCCGUUGAUGCUUCUGCUACUGCGGGUAACCAAUCGAGCGAAGUCGACGAUGGAGAAAAGCAAGGAGAGGAAAACGAAGAGGGAGAUGGUGUAGUCGUUGAUGGCGACGAUGAUCACGAUGACACCGCUUCGCAAGACACAACAUGGUGGGGAAAGAUGAUGGACAAGCUGGAGUCUUUCAAAGAAUGGGCAAGCGAGUUUAUCCAGUCAAAGACCGACAAUGAGGCACCUAAAUAA